UACCAUUCUAUUACACAAAGAGAGCCCAAUAAGGGAGAAACUAAAGGCAAGCUGCUGUGGAAGUUUUCUUUCUUCUUGAGAAAAUCCAUUUCCAAGAAGAAUAUCUAAGCUUCUGCAGCAGCGACACGUCGUAUAUAUAUAUAUAUAUAUAUCUCUCUCUCUAGCCGUUUGAUCUGUCGUAUAAUCAGAUAUUAUAAUCAUCUGAUGGCUUGCCCUCUUUCUAAGGCCAAACUAUUCUCUGAUGCUCUUUGCUUCUCUAUUACCCGGAGGGGUUACGCGGCGGCAUCACAGCGUUCGGUGUCGGCUGGAUUUGGUAAGGGAGGGUCUAUGAAUGGUUUUGUAGGUAAAGUAGAAGAGACGGCUAUGAUUAAAGAUCAGUCUUCUGGUACUUCCUCUGCGUGGGCCCCUGAUCCACUCACCGGAUACUACAGGCCUGCAAAUUGUGCGGCUGAGAUUGACCCUGUGGAGCUUCGCCAAAUGCUCUUGAGCAACAGAGUUAGGCCUCACUAGAAGAUUAAAAAAAAAAAAAAAAAAAAAA